UGUCAGUCGUCAACCGCGAGAUUCUUUUUGCUUCUCUUUUUGCUUCGUUGAAGCUAUUUCGUUUUUUCAAGCGAAAUGCCGAGGAAUUCAAUGUUCGAGUUUCGCAUUUUAUUGGGAGGUCGGCCCGUGAAGGAAUACGAGAAAGACGGUCAGUGUUUUAUUUUGACAAACUUGUGUCAUCCUACGACUUACAAAGAGCAACGAGUUGAGUAUGUCGAAGACCGCGAAGAAAUUCAGGACGUUCCCUUAACACCUUAUGAAAUAGCUAUUACUCUGUUAAGAUCUUAUGAUGGGCUGCAAGCUUGGGGGAAGGUAUUUAUUGACGGCUCUUUCAUUCAAUGGGUUUUACUUCGCAAGGAAAAACAAUAUAUCCUUCGCGGCUUCAGAGAUUCAGGAACAAGAAAAGAGUUUGUUUUUUCACUUCCACGGUUCGCAAGAGAUGGGGGUCAGACCAUUUCAGAAGAAAAAGCUAAGCAUGUAGGCUGCAUUAAUGUUGAAUUGCAUGAGGCAAUUUACAUGGGGGUGAGAAUUGGCAGGAAUGUAAAUCGAAAUAGAUAUCCAAAACCGCUGGAAUUCAAACAAGCAAGCAAGGAUGAUUCCAAGGCAGUAACCGAUGGAAAGUAUACAAUGUCCACAACCAAACCGGGACGCCCCUUGCCUGGUGAGGAAUAUAGACUUAGCAGAAAACGCAGUCAUGGAUCACCUAGGGAAAUCAGUAUUUAUGACAAGGGGGAGGAAAUUGUUUCAGAAUUACAAGUUAGGUAUCAUAUGAAGCAUACUCUGAAUAGUUUAGGAAUUGAUGUUACAGAGUAAAAUAUGUACGACCAGAUCAUCAAACCUAAUGUUUUUUGUUCAACAGAACUUAACACAUAUGCAUACAAUGCUGAUUUACAAACUGUUGGGAGUUAUGUGGAAGGUGUUGCGGUUGAUGAAGUAUUAUUUAAACGUAAUUUGACAAGUAUUGCAAAUCUAUUAUAGCAUAGCUACAUCUUAUUCAAUUUUGCAAGCAUAACAUGUUUAUUCGUGCCAUGACUGUGUAUAAGCUGCAUAUGUUAUAAAAUAUGCAUAUAAAUUGUGCUUUGUUAAAUGUUAAAUGCAAGAUUGUUAUGUACAUUUUAAAUGACAGUUUCCCAUGUAUUUAUUGGCUAGACUGGAAAGUUUGUAAGCCGUGCACCCUAGAUUCGAAAUUUACAUGCAUAAAAGCCUAGUUUUCUCAAAUUUGUGCAUCCAAGAUCUCAGGUGUGCAGUACAAACUAUUCAGUUUGGUUUAUUGUUGUCACCAUGUCCAUAUAAAGUGUUGCAUCGUGUUUGUGUUAACCACGAGAUCUGUGGUUAGGUUUUUUACCAUUGUAGAUGACUAAAUUAUCAACAGAGAUUUUUUGUUUUCA